AUGAGUCAGUUGUUGACUUCCCGACAAGCAGAUGAACUGCACAAGUCAAUGAUAUCGUACUUGCUGUCGGUGGGCAUGGUAGACAGCGCAAAUGCACUUCGGCAGGAAUCAAAAUUGGCCGAUACGUUCGACGAUGUCACGGCAAAGAAAUACGAAACGUUAUUAGAGAAGAAAUGGACAUCAGUUGUACGGUUGCAGAAGAAAAUCUUGGAUCUGGAGACGAGGAAUGCGGCUCUGCAACAAGAAGUCGACUCGGCCACGCCAUUGUCCUCCAGUCGCAAGGUCGAUCCAGCGACAUGGCUGCCGAGAGCACCAGCUCGGCACACCCUGCAGGGACACAGGCUACCCGUCACUUCUAUUGCAUUUCACCCGAUCUUUUCCUCACUCGCAUCGGCGUCGGAAGAUGCCACGAUCAAGAUAUGGGAUUGGGAGUUGGGCGAGUUGGAAAGGACUCUGAAGGGCCACACAAAAGCAGUUUUAGAUGUUGAUUUUGGCGGACCAAGAGGUGGAACACUGCUGGCAAGUUGCAGCUCGGACCUCACCAUCAAGCUGUGGGAUCCGAGCGACGAAUACAAGAACACCCGCACAUUGCCAGGACACGAUCAUUCAAUAUCAUGCGUUCGCUUCGUACCUUCUGGUGCUGCCGGCGCGCCACUGUCUGGCAACAUCCUGGUGUCGGCGUCGAGAGACCAAACACUGAAGCUCUGGGAUGUGACGACGGGUUACUGCUUAAAGACCUUGAAGGCUCACACUGCCUGGGUACGAUCAGUCACGCCUUCAGCAGACGGCCGAUGGCUUCUCAGUGCCGGAAACGAUCAAAUUCCCCGGCUAUGGGAUGCCAACACCGGUGAAGUGAAGAUCACAUUCUUAGGUCAUGAGCACUAUUUGGAGUGUGUUGCAUUUGCACCGAGCUCUGCGUACGUCCAUCUGGCGUCAAUAGCCGGAUACAAAAAGCCUCCUCCGACCGCAAGCUCGGGCGAGUUCCUAGCAACCGGCGGCCGGGACAAGAUCAUCAAAAUUUGGGACAAUCGGGGCACAUGUCAUAAGACACUCGUCGGGCACGACAACUGGGUUCGCGGCUUACAAUUUCACCCUUCUGGCAGAUAUCUCCUAUCAGUCUCAGACGAUAAGACCAUCCGCUGCUGGGAUCUGUCUCAAGAAGGCAAGUGUGUAAAAGUGGUUGACGGAGCGCAUCAACACUUUGUGAGCAGUAUCAGGUGGGCACCAGAUGUGCCGGUCCAGCCUGCGGCUAACGGCGAUGCCAACGGGACUACCAAUGGCGCCAAAAAGGAAGAGAAAGCACCGACCAGCGGAAAGAUACGCUGUGUGCUUGCCACAGCCAGCGUAGAUCAAAAUGUACGAGUAUUCGCCGGAUGA